CAUAACUUAACCGCAAGUUGAAAUAACCAUGCUAGUUAUCAUGUAUCAAAAUAGUUGAAAUGGCGACUUUGGUACGAGUAUAUGUGUUUUGGAUCCUUAUUUAUAUAUGCCUGUUAACAGAAGGAUCGGGUUAUUUCAUCUCUUCGACUUCAACGACCUGGCAAACUGUUGAUAAAGAAUGUGACCUUGUACAACCAAAACUUAAGUACAAUGAAAACGGUCUUGUUGAGCUCGAAGGACAAUUUGAUAUAAACGAAACUAUUCCUGCAGAAGGUGUUUGGAUUGGAUAUCUCAAAGCAUUUACAAAGUUCGAGUUUAAAGGUUGCGGGAAAAUCUCGUCGUGGUUUCCUUAUACAAAGCACACCGUGUCCAGCCUGGCCAGUUGUCAUCAUAUCUGCCGUGGAACCAAUAUGUGGAUGCUCGGUGACGAUACGAUAAAAACAUGUGUUUGCACUAACGUACGGCAGACUUAUCUGACAAACCGCUAUUGCACACUGUGCGGCGAUAUCAUUUGUGGCGCUGGCUUGGACAUUGCUAUUUACAGCGUUUUGAACGGUAAUUAUUUGAUGUACUAA